AGAAAGAACCUCCCUUGUACAUUUACAAUGUAUUGGUACAGUUGUGUGAUACAUGACAUGGCAGAAUAUAGAGCAAGCCUAGUUAGGAUUUUAUUGCCAGAGUAGAAAUCGACAGGAAUGAAAUUAUGAGAUUGUGGUGUUUUAAAAAAGAGUGGUUUGAACUAGAUGACAUGGCUACAGAAGACACUACCCGACUGAUCACGGAUGGGGCCAGUCAAGGCUAUAAUAGUACAGAGGAGACAGACAUCUCCCAAACACCCUUCAGGGAUACUGACGAUGAGGAGUUGCUAGAUGUGACUGACAUCCCAACAACAUCGUCUUUUAGGACAUCUCCCAGGCAUUCGAUAGGAAGGUCUAACAAUAACGGAGAUGCCUUGGACAAGAUAUCUGCAGAGAUCAGCCAGUAUGAUGACUUCCACACCAUUGACUGGGUACGUGACAUUGCCCGCUACCGUAAGGAACGUAAAGACCUCAAGAAGAACAGAAAGGAUUCCUGCUGGGGCACCGUGAAGGAUAUGGGUUUCAGUGUGUCAGGUUGGACUAUCGUCCUAUUCGUGGGCUUAGCUACAGGAGCUUGUGCUGGUGUUGUUGACAUUGGUACCAGUUGGAUGAGUGAUCUAAAGCUUGGUGUCUGCAAGAAUGCUUUCUGGCUGAACCAGGAGGGAUGCUGCUGGAUCCGCAACACCACCAUGUUUGACUCCUACAACUGCUCCGAGUGGGUCACAUGGUCAGCGCUCUUUAACCACAAGGCAACCGAUGAUGCCUUGGCAUAUAUCAUUAGUUAUUUGAUGUUUGUCAUGUGGUGUGUUGGGCUUGCUGCCAUCACAGUCCUAUUGGUGCGCAUGUUUGCACCAUACGCUUGUGGAUCAGGAAUACCAGAGAUUAAAACUAUAUUGAGUGGUUUCAUCAUGCGAGGCUACCUUGGCAAGUGGACAUUGUUGAUCAAGACACUGACCAUGAUGAUGGCCGUAGGGGCUGGUCUGAGCCUGGGUAAAGAAGGACCAUUAGUACAUGUUGCUUGCUGCUGUGGAAACAUCUUCACAUACUUCUUCCCAAAGUACCACAAGAAUGAGGCUAAAAAAAGAGAGGUGUUAUCGGCAGCUGCUGCAGCGGGUGUCUCAGUGGCGUUUGGUGCACCUAUAGGGGGCGUCCUAUUCAGCUUAGAGGAGGUAAGCUACUACUUCCCAUUGAAGACACUAUGGCGGUCAUUCUUCUGUGCUCUUGUGGCUGCCUUUGUCCUUCGUAGUAUUAAUCCCUUUGGUUCUGACCAUCUGGUCAUGUUCUAUGUGGAGUAUGAUCUACCUUGGUCACUCUAUGAGCUAUUCUUCUUCAUUGUCCUGGGAAUCUUUGGAGGUCUCUAUGGUGCAUUCUUCAUCAAAUUAAAUCUGAAGUGGUGCAAAUUUAGGAAGAACUCAAAAUUAAAGCAAUAUCCGGUCACAGAGGUGAUAGUACUAGCAUUGAUCACAGCUGUCGUCAGCUUUCCCAAUCAGUACACAAGAAUGAACACAAGCAAGCUUAUCUCACUUCUCUUCUCUGAAUGUGGACCAGAAGAUGAUAAUCUACUAUGUGAUUAUCAGAGGAACUACACCCGUAUUGACAAGUCUGUCUACCCCACAGCUGCGGCAGGCCCUGGUAUCUUCAAUGCUCUUUGGCUCCUUGCACUAGCGCUAGCAUUCAAAGCAAUCAUCACAAUCUUCACAUUUGGUAUCAAGGUUCCAGCCGGUUUAUUCAUUCCUAGUAUGGCUGUUGGAGCUAUCGCAGGGAGAAUCUUGGGUGUCCUGGUUGAACAGAUUGCAUAUAAAAACCCAGACUGGUAUAUCUUUCAUGAGUGUAAGUUCAUUGGGAAGUGCAUCACUCCAGGACUAUAUGCCAUGGUGGGUGCAGCAGCUACUCUGGGUGGAGUCACUAGGAUGACAGUAUCUCUGGUGGUGAUCAUGUUUGAACUGACCGGUGGUCUAGUGUACAUUGUACCUCUGAUGGUAGCUGUCAUGGUCAGCAAGUGGGUUGGUGAUGCCUUCUGCAAAGAAGGAAUAUAUGAUGGUCAUAUCCAUUUAAAUGGUUAUCCUUUCUUAGACAGUAAGAGGGAUUUUAUGCAUACAUCACUAGCUAUAGAUGUUAUGAAACCUCAGAGAGGAGAUCCACCACUUGCAGCUAUCACCCAGGAUGCCAUGACAGUGGAAGAUUUAGAAUUCCUGACGACUGACUGUCCAUUCAAUUCAUACCCUGUUAUCGUCUCCAAAGAAUCACAGAGAUUAGCGGGACUUGUGUAUAGAAGAGAAUUAGUCUACGCAUUGAGACAAGCAAGAAAGAAAGGAGAAGGCGUAGUCAGCCAAUCUACAAUAUACUUCACUCAUUCUAUGCCAAAAUUUACAACCCCUGAUAGACCAGCUGGUUUGACAAUGUCACAUAUACUUAAUCAGUGUCCAUCUCAGAUCACAGAUCAAACCCCUAUGAGUACUGUAGUAGAUAUGUUUAGAAAACUUGGUCUCCGACAAACAUUGGUAACACACAAUGGGCGGUUGUUAGGUAUCAUCACCAAGAAAGACGUUUUGAGGCAUAUUGCUUCACUGGAUGAACAGGAUCCACUUUCUGUCAUGUUUCACUAGCUCUACCGAUACCAUGCUCAAUUAUGUGCAAGAUUAUUGAGUCAAAGGAGAAUUUUAUUUUGCUGGGUAUCAUUACCAGAAAUUGCAUCGAUCUUCAUUGUGCUCUGAUCACCCUUUUUUAUCAAUGCUUCAACUAUCACUUUAGAUAUGCUUUCUCACCAAGAGGGAUAUUCUAAAAUCCAUUGCAUACAUGUAUAUCUCUAAAUAAACAGAAUCGGCUUUCUGUCACAUUGUAUGACAUGUUUUGAUGUCUGUGAGCUUUGUGCACAUUUGUUACAUUAGAGGGUAUUUUAUGACCAUCUUGUGAAGUAAAUCCCUGCUGUAUGUAUUUUAUAUCAGAUCAUAGAGGUAAUGGGGGAUUUCUUUCACCGCAAUUGGUCCAUAAAACAUUUUUAUGCAUAAUUCAAUAGUGUGCAAAUUCACUAAACUGAGAGAUGCUUGGUUUCACAUUAAUUUGCUUGCAGGGUUAAUCUGUACCUCAUUCAAUGUGUGCAAUGCCAGCAAGAUUAAGGUAAAUUUCUUGUACUAGACCAACUACUCUUUUAUCAAAAUUAUGCAAUCUUUUUUAAAAUAGAACCAUGCUUUGGAACAAUGAAUGCAAAGUUUAUGAGACACAAGUGCUUUCAUAUAUUGACUGCAUCAUGAUUAGUUGUCUCAACUAUGUGCAAUGAACAAUUGUUAUAUUACCAGAAUUUUUGUAGGACUGAAGAAAUUUCUGUCCAGGUGCAUGGUCUGAAAUGAAUCUGAGACAGGAACAGCUUGCUUUGCCUUGUUUCUGACUAUCAGAAUUAUUGAAAUCUAAUAUAGUAUUAUUAUAGCAGAAUUAUCAAAGUGUGUCUUCAUGAACAAGUCUAGAUUUAAACCAAGCUGUUCCGAACAUUUGAACCAAUCUGGUGAGCAUUACAAGUACCUCUGUAACAGUUGGUAUGUUUGUGCCAGGCCAAUUUAUACAGUCUCAUCUGCAUGUUUCGCAUCAAAGCACUAUCUGUAAAUUUCAGUAGGUUCGAACAUCAGAUAUGUAAACGUUGUAGAUUAGAUAUGUGAACAUUUCAUUUUAUCAUGAAUCCAUUAUUGUAUCAACAUGAAAGUAAAAAUGGAAUAUUUCAAGAGUAUACUGUGUAAGAUUCAAUACUAAGCAACAUUUAACAUGUUUAUGCGAUGCAUUCCAACUCCAAACCUUGAAUUCUGGUAGUACUUACAAGUUGAUCUAAAUCAUUUAUUAUUAAGUACAUUGGAUGGGAUACCUAACAAUCAAGGAUUGCAAUGUAUGAUGAUGCAUGGCAUUUUGAUGAUAAUGGAAAUAUUCUAUACCAAAUAUUUGGAAUGAUCAUAGGUCAUAUCAAUAUCAUUUGCAUAUUGAGUUCCCUAUUUCCUAUACUUUCAUUAUUUUCAUUACCGUACAUUUAUCACCAUGAUCAUUAAGGUAGUGAUCAUGCCAAGGUUUAUGAAAUAUGGUUAUAGAAAUGUAUUUAAUCACUUUCAAGACUGAUCAUAUUGAAAUAAACAACCAAAUGUAUCAUCCAUACAAUACAAUGAUAUUGAUGAUUUGCUAUAUUAUUGUCUGUUAUCAUGUCAUGCAAGUAAAGCUCUCUGAACAAUUGGACCCAUAUUCUGGAGUUAGCCAUGGUCCAAGACUUGAAAUUGUGGGAAGCCAAAAACAUCAAAACAUUGCUUACUCUAUAUUUCUUAUGCCGUUUUAUCAAACACUUUCUUGAUGCUCUAAUAGUAAAGCUAUUUCAGUUAUAAUUCCUUUAAAAAAAAAAAUUAUCAAAGGUUGGAAUGCCGGAUGUGCUGAUAACUUAAAGCUCUUUGCCCCAUUUGGCUCUCAAUAGUUAUACCACUACUUUGAAAUACAAUUUUGCCUUACAUUCAAGCAAAUAUAUUUGACAUCUGUGCCAAUUUCAAGAAAAAUAAAAUCUCUGUGCUGCAUUUGGCUAUUCAUAGUUAUACCACAACUUUAGACCACUGUUUAAGACCAGAGUCCAGAAAAAUUAAUGGAAUCUCUGUGCCACAAUUGGUUAUCCAUACCACGACUUUCGAGCACAGGUUUAGACCUGAAUUCAGAAUACGGGACUUGAAAUUUAAAGAUUUAAAAAAUCCUAAGAUCUAUGUAGCUUAAUGAUGUUAUAGGAGUAUACAUAAUUUAAAAUGUCUUUGUAUCACAAAAAGCACAGCACAUUGCACCAUUGGAUUCACAUGUUGAUUAUCUUCAAUAUAAAAGCAACAGAUUUGAUCAAUGGGGGAUCAAAUAUGGUUUUUAAUGGUUAUUUUUUUAUUUUAAUCCAUUCAGAAAGAAUAUAGUUUUGUUAGCCAUCUCUAUGUUAAUUUUGAGUCUUAGUACAAGUAAUUAUUGGAGUGUAGCUGAAUAGUACAUGGGACCCAGCAAAAAUGCAGGUAAUUUGCACACUUCCUGAUGUCUGCCAUUAACCGUCUGCUUCAUGAUGUAGUAACUGGUAUGUGAAUGUCUUUCAGUGCUGAUUCUGUUUCAAGUACCAGUAAAAAGAUAUGAUGUCUAUUUGAAUAUUGUGCCAAGAUCUCAUGAGCCAAGUUUGACUGAAAAGUAAAACUUUGGACCCAUUUUGUAUUCCGAGCUACUUUGUUUAGUCUGCAAAGUACAUAUAGCAGAAUAAGAUUUCCUUUCAGAAUUUCCAUAAAGUUUUUAGUGAAUUUAAUUUAACCCAAAACUUGUAUGGAGCAUUUAAUAAAGUGUUUUGUAAUAUGCUACAAGACUAGAAGAUAAGCAGGAUAUGGAAGCCAAAUUGUGUUCCCAAUUUGAAUUUGGUCACAAUUUUUAAACAAGAACAUCCAAGUUAACAAUCUUAAAAUUUUAAAUAUGAAAAACGGAAUGUGAAUGUCAGUCGCAGUGCAUACAUAUUGUGUCGUAUUUGCUACAAUGUAUGGAUCUUUAAGCUAUGAUUGAAUUGAGAUAAUUAGAAAUACAGUUAAACUUUAUUGUGAUUUUCACAAAAAAGUCAUGUAGCACUUGUGACACUUUUUAUUCAAGUCAUUCAUAAUCAUCACUCCAUAAACAGAUUUGUGAAACAUUCCUUAAAAUUAUUUUUCAUUGUAACAACACUAGUUCAACAUGAUUCAUACUUUAUUUUUGUUUAUGUAAUGGGAAGAUUUCAAAUUGAAUGGAAAAAAAAGAUGGAGAAAGAAAUUAUUUUGUUGCAUUCCUUCAUAUGUGUAAUUUAUAGAAUGCAGCAUGUCUGUUGGGUGUAGUUGAUUCGUACCUUGUGCAAUUAUCUAAAUACUUCAUGAAGUUAAAAAUGAGUAACAAUCAAUGUCACAAUAAAAGGUUAUGUAAUAUAGAUAAUUAAAAUGGUUGAGCUAUUAAAUAUUUAUUUUCAUAAAUUCUAUGAAGUAUUUUCAUGUUACUGUGAUGAACAUUAAGCAUUGAAUAAUGAUUUUGAGUGAUGUAUUUUGUUUAAAAUGAAUGCAAUUACAGCUCAUUAGAUUUCAUGGAAAAGUAGCGCUUCUAUUUUCAUUUGAUUGGCAUGCAAAAAUCUCUGCAACUUCUGCUUCUUACAUUAAUUUACUUUUGCAGCAUAUCAAAAGAAUGAAAUUAAUAGUUGCACUUUGUUUUUAGAAAUGAUAUUCAUCUUGCCGUGUUUUUGCAAUAUUGUAUUUUUUUUAGGUGUUAUCUUGUGCAUGUUGGAAUGCUUUAUGGAUUGGGUUGAAAGAUAUUUUUAUCAGAAUAUUAAAGAUUUAUAUCCUUUUCAUGAUUACAAGAUUAUUUAACAAUCACUGUCAUUCUUGAAUUCUGAUUUAAGUUUGUCAUACAGUGUUACAUUUAGAUUUUUCCCCAUGGAUUAUUAUUGCCAUUUUCAUUGUUUCAUAUAAAUAUUCAUAUCCUCUUAUAGAGAUCUGAUUUAUUUCGUUUUUUUUUAUAAUCGGGAAGGAAUGUGUUUCUAAGAUGUCUGGAGAAAUUUAUUUUAGAGUAGCUAAUAUUUUGUAUCAAAAGUUGAAUUGUUAGAACAAAUAUUACGAGGUCUUCCUGCAGUUAACUUAAAGCGACCUUUAAUUGACAAAUCAUGGGGAAAUCAAGGCUAAUCUCGGAACAGAGAAGGGAUUCAAGUCUUUCACUCGGCCGCAUGCCUGGGGUGUUAUGUAAUAGACGCCGGCAUGUCUGGGAGGUCUAUAGGAGAGCAAUUAGUUAGUAGACUAACCAACCAGAAGUAAACUGCGUGUUUUCACUUUUGAAACAUGUAACUUCACAGAGGUUAUUUAUUUUGGUUUAGCAAUCAAGAGACAUGCUAUAGAUCUAGGAAUUGGGAUUGUUGGAAAAUGGAGCUGCGAUGAUCCGAAGUAAAUAACCAUCAAGAGUUCGGUCAAAUUCGUGCUGUACGAACUUUUAUCGCAUUAGUCCGACGGGCGCUCAUGACGGACAGAUUAUAUUAUGCAAGUCAAUUGGCCUUUUGCAAAUUCCCCAUGAUUUGUCAGUGGCUGGGCCCUUUAAAUUGUCACUAUCAAAAUAGUAUUUAUUUAAGAAAAUAAUAUUAGACACCAAAGCCUUUCCCUAUUUGUUAUUUGUGUGUAUAUGUUUGUAAUAAUAAAUUAUGAAGUCUGUA